UGACAAUGGUGACUGCCUGUAUUGUCCAUGUUUUAUUAAAUAACAAAAGAUAUUAAUGUCACUGCGGCCAGUACUGUGUUCUAUGCUGUGCAAUGACCAACUCAUUCCACAUAGAGCUGCUGUAUGUAUGCAAGGUCGUGUUCGUGGUAGGUCUAUACGCCGCCAGUCUGCCUCAUCAUGACCCUGGGAAGUUCAGCUUCAGUUCUCUCCUGGAUUCAAUACUGCCAAAUAAGCCAUUUGCUAAUGCUGGCACUGAUAAAUGCGAAACCUUAAAGAGCAUAUUUGGUCUCACUUACGAGCAAAUGCAGGAGAAGAACUCUACAAACUUCCAUGAGGCACUGGACAUAGACCUGAUCACCAAAACUGGCAACAUUAAGCAGAACCUAACAGUAAACAAACGUCUCAGUAGACUCAUGGCUGACGCAAAGACUAUAGUUAUCCUAGUCCACGGGUUCAUGGAGAGCUCAGAUGGCCUGAUGGUCAACGGACUUUCGCCAGGUCUUCUGAAGCAGCAAAACUUGAAGGUUUUGGCUUUGGAUGGACGGAGGCUAAUCAACUUAGAGUACUUCAGGUCGUCAACCUAUGCCAGGUUUAUGGGGGAGCGACUUGGAGCGUUUCUGGGCGAUUUGAUUCAGAAUGGCCAAGAUCCCUCAAAACUGGUGCUCAUUGGGCACAGUCUUGGAGCCCACAUUGCGGGCAUCGCAGGCAAACGGGUCUCUCAGAUGACCAACCAGACAGUCGGGCGUCUCAUCGCCCUGGACCCCGCGGCCCCAUGCUUUGGCAACGUCGGCGCCGGCGGUAGACUUGCUCACUCUGAUGCAGAAUACGUCAUGGUCGUCCACACCAACUCUGGGAUGCUGGGACUCAGUGAGCCUGUAGGUCAUACCGACUGGUACCCCAACGGCGGUGCGUCACAGCCCGGAUGCUACCUGGCGACGUGCUCCCACAGCCGCGCCUGGGAACUCCUGGCUGAGGCCAUCAUCACGCCCCAUCACUUUCCAGCUCGCAAAUGCGAAAAUUGGACGAUGUUCCAGAACGGAUUGUGUGCCAAGAACGAAGUGGCAUUCCUGGGGUUGAACUCCGACCAGCCUUCUCCGGGGAGCUACUUCUUUGCUACUGCGUCAGCGCCGCCUUAUGGUAUAGGAGUUUCGGGGAGCGGAUAG